GGGGCUCCUCCCGCGGGCGGCGGCACCGGCAGCGCCGGGAUGGCGAGCGGGGGCUGCGGGGGGCGGCCGGGGCUGCGCCGGGGACCACCGGGGCUCUGCCGGGGACCACCGGGGCUGUCCCGGUGGCUACCGUGGGUGUCCCUGUGGCUACCGGGGCUCUGCCGGUGGCUACCGGGACUGUCUCGGGGGCUAACGGGGCUGUCUCGGGGGCUACCGGGGCUGUCCCUGUGGCUACCGGCGCUGUCCCUGUGGCUACCGUGGGUGUCCCUGUGGCUACCGGCGCUGUCCCCGUGGCCACCGGCGGCCGCCGCGUUCAACCUGGACGGGAGCAGCCCGGUGCUGAAGGACGGCGAGCGGGGCAGCCUCUUCGGGGCGGCCGUGGCGCUGCACCGGCAGCUGAGCCCCGAGCCCCGGGCGUGGCUGCUGGUGGGAGCCCCCCAGGCGCUGGCGCUGCCCGGCCAGGGCGCCAACCGCACCGGGGGUCUCUUCGCCUGCCCGCUGACCACCGAGCUCUCGGACUGCUGGCGGGUGCCCAUCGAUGAGGGAGCGGACCCGGAGCGCGAGAGCAAAGAGAACCAGUGGCUGGGGGUCAGCGUCAAGAGCCAAGGGCCGGGCGGCAAGAUCGUGACCUGCGCGCACCGGUACGAGGUGCGGCACCGCGUGCGGCAGCCGCUGGAGACGCGGGACGUGAUCGGGCGCUGCUUCGUGCUGAGCCAGGACCUGCGGCUGCGGGACGAGCUGGACGGCGGCGAGUGGAAGUUCUGCGAGGGGCGACCCCCGGGCCACGAGCGCUUCGGCACCUGCCAGCAGGGCCUGGCGGCCGCCUUCAGCCCCGACCGCCGCUACGUGCUGCUCGGAGCCCCCGGCACCUACAACUGGAAGGGCACGGUGCGCCUGGAGCAGCUGCGGCAGAGCUCGCUGGACCUGCUGCGCCCGGACUCCGGCCCGUUCGAGGCGGGGGGCGAGAAGGAGCAGGACCCCUCCCAGAUCCCCGUGCCCGCCAACAGCUACUUCGGGUUCUCGGUGGACUCCGGGCCGGGGGUGACACGGCGACAGCAGCUGAGCUUUGUCACGGGCGCGCCCCGCGCCAACCACACGGGCGCCGUGGUCAUCCUGCGGCGCGACAGCGCCAGCCGGCUGGUGGCCGAGGCCGUGCUGGGCGGCCACCAGCUGAGCUCGGCCUUCGGCCACGCGCUGGCCCUGCUGGACCUCAACAGCGACGGGUGCGCGGGGACAGCGGGCUGCCACUGGGACACGGGUCACUGUCACCUGGGACACGGGCACUGGGACACUGUCACUGGGACACGGGCACUGGGACACUGUCACUGCCACCUGGGACACUGCCACUGGGUCACUGGACCCCUGGGUAGGGGUCUGGCCCCCCAAAUCCCCCCAAAUUUCCCCCCAGAUUUGGCCGUGGGGGCUCCUUUCGACGGCGCGGGCAAAGUUUUCAUUUACCACGGCAGCGCCCUGGGCAUCGUCACCCGCCCGGCGCAGGUCCUGGACGGGGAGGCCGUGGGGGUCUCGGCCUUUGGCUACUCGCUCUCGGGGGGGCUGGACGUAGACGGGAACCUGCACCCCGACCUGCUCGUGGGGUCCCUGUCCGACACCGUGGUGCUCUACAGGGCGCGGCCGGUGGUGCACGUGUCCCGGAACGUGUCGGUGCAGCCGCCGCUCAUCGACCUGGAGCGGAGCACCUGCGGCGACGGCCACGGCGUCUGCCUGGAGGUUCGGGCGUGCUUCAGCUACACCGCGAGCCCGGGCAGCGACAGCCCCCCGCUGGAGCUGCAGCUGCUGCUGGAGGCGGACUCGGAGCGCCGGGGCCGGGGGCUGCAGCCCCGGGGGUCGUUCCCGGCGCGGGGCCCGGCGGAGCCCGAGCACCGCCUGGGGACCCGCCUGGAGCUGCCGCGGCCGGGAGAGCGCCGCUGCGUGCCCGCCGCCUUCCGCCUGCACGACGACAUCCGGGACAAGCUGCGGCCGCUGGACGUCACCGUGGCCUUCGGCAUCGCGGGGACGCGCGGGUGGCACCGGGGGGGCCGGGGGACAGCGCUGCCCCCCCUGGCCCCCGCGCUCAGCCCGCGCCAGCCCAGCACGCUGCGCACCGAGGUGCAUUUCCUGCGCCAGGGCUGCGGCGAUGACAAAAUCUGCCAGAGCCACCUGGAGCUGCGGCCGCGCUUCUGCGCGCGCCUGGGGGACAGCGACUUCCUGCCCCUGCCCCGGGACGAGGAUGGCACUGCCAUCUUCGCCGUGAGUGACCAGAAGGACGUGGCGCUGGAGGUGCAGGUGACCAACGAGCCCUCGGACCCCGCGCAGCCGCACCGCGACGGGGACGAUGCCCACCAGGCCCUGCUCGUGGCCACCUUCCCCCCGGAGCUGCCCUACGCCGCCAUGAGGGCCGAGGAGCCCGCGGGCACCGGGGUGGGCACGGGGCCUCAUUUCCCUCCCCUUCCCCAGGUGCGGCUCUUCCUCAUCCUCAGCACCUCGGGCAUCUCCAUCCACACCACGGACCUGGAGGUGCAGCUGGAGCUGUCCACGACCAGCGAGCAGCCGGGGCUGGAGCCGGUGGUCGCCCGCGCCCGCGUGGUCAUCGAGCUGCCCCUGGCCGUGACCGGCGUGGCCGUGCCCCCCCGGCUGUUUUUUGGGGGGCAGGUGCUGGGGGAGAGUGCGGUGAAGAGGGAGAGCCAGGUGGGCAGCGCCGUCCGCUUCGAGGUCACGGUGUCGCAGCGGGGGCCGGUGCUGAAGACCCCCGGCUCGGCCGCGCUGACGGUGCAGUGGCCGCUGGAGCUGCCCAACGGGAAGUGGCUCCUGUACCCCCUGAGCCUGGAGAUGGGGACCCCCCCCGUGCCCUGCAGCCCCCCCGCCAACCCCCUGCGCCUCGCCCUGGAGCGGCCAGGCCGGGGGGACCCCCCCUCAGAGCCCCCCGCCCGCUCGUGGUGGGUGCCCACUGGGAGGAGGAGGAGGAACGUGACCCUGGACUGUGCCCGGGGCACGGCGCGCUGCCGCCCGUUCCGGUGCCCGCUGCCGUCGCUGGAGCGCUCGGAGCUGCGGGCGCGGGGCCGCCUCUGGAACGGGACCUUCCUGGAGGAGUUCCUGGACGUGGAGAACCUGGAGCUGAUGGUGCGCGCCGAGGUCUCGGUCACCUCCCCCCGCGGCAACGUGGUCAUCAAGGACGCGGUGGCGCAGCCCACGCUGUCCCCGCUGUCCCAGGACUGUGCCCGGGGCACGGCGCGCUGCCGCCCGUUCCGGUGCCCGCUGCCGUCGCUGGAGCGCUCGGAGCUGCGGGCGCGGGGCCGCCUCUGGAACGGGACCUUCCUGGAGGAGUUCCUGGACGUGGAGAACCUGGAGCUGAUGGUGCGCGCCGAGGUCUCGGUCACCUCCCCCCGCGGCAACGUGGUCAUCAAGGACGCGGUGGCGCAGAUGUCGGUGUCCCUGCACCUGGACCCGGGCGUGGCCGUCACCGCCGUCCCCUGGUGGGUGCUGCCGCUGGCGGUGCUGCUGGGGCUGCUGCUGCUGGCGCUGCUCGUGCUGGGGCUCUGGAAGCUGGGGUUUUUCCGGCGGGCGGCGCCGCCGCCGGCCGUGCCGCGGUUCCGGGCCGUGCGCAUCCCGCGGGAGCAGCGGCCGCAGGCCCGCGAGGGCCGCACCGGCACCAUCCUGCGGCCGCAGUGGGCGGCCGGACCCGCGGACAGGGACGGGGACAGCGCCGCGCCCGGACCCGCCUGAGCGACACCCACGGACAGACGGACACGGCUGGACAGACGGACACGGCACGGACAGACGGACACGGCACGGACAGAUGGACACGGCACGGAUGGAUGGACACGGCUGGACAGAUGGACACGGCAAGGACAGACGGACAUGGCACGGACAGACGGACACGGCUGGACAGACGGACACGGCUGGACAGAUGGACACGGCAAGGACAGACGGACAUGGCUGGACAGAUGGACGCGGCACGGACAGACGGACACGGCUGGACAGAUGGACGUGGCACGGACAGACAGACACGGCACGGACAGAUGGACACAGCAUGGACAUGGGAGGGACAGCGACAGGGACAGCACCAUGCCAGGACCCGCCUGAGCGACACCCACGGACAGACGGACAUGGCUGGACAGACAGACACGGCACGGACAGAUGGACACGGCACGGAUGGACGGACACGGCACGGACAGAUGGACACAGCAUGGACAUGGGAGGGACAGGGACGGGGACAACGCUGCGCCGGGACCCGUCUGACCCACACCGACAGACAGACGGACACGGCAAGGACAGAGGGACAUGGGCACGGAUAGGCAGAUGGACACGGCAUGGACAGAUGGACAUGGGGAUGGACACGGGGAUGGACACAGCUGGACAGAUGGACACGGGACAUGGACAAGGGAUGGACUCAACAUGAACACAGGAUGGACACGGACAGGGACAGGGACCGGCCGCAGACACCCGGACCCACCUGAGGGACAUCUGGGGUGGACACAGGGUGGACUCAGGACAUGGGAUAAGGGACAUGGGACAGAGGACAUGGCACAGGGGACACAGACACAGGACAGGGGACAUGGGACAGGGACGGUCCCUGGGAAGGCCCCAUGGAGGCCCUGCCAUGUCCUGGAGCUCCAGGAUGGGCAGUGGCCGGACAGAGCCACAGCCCCAGGGGUCAGUUCGGCCCCAGGGGUCACUUUGUCCCUACGGGUCACUUUUUGUCCCCAAUAAAAGGCGCUGACCCCA